AUGCUUCGAAUUGUUAAUAUAAGUCGACUGGCCAAUACCCUGCCACAGCCGCCGGCGUUUCUAAGGGGAUUCCAUGUGAACGCUGCACGCCUGAAACGCCGGAAAACAGCAGAGGAGAAGAAAUCCCCCAGAAUUAUAGAGUACUCCCCCAAGAAGGCGCAAACGGCGGGUGGCGGAGCCUCCGACAUCUGGAGGCACAUGAGCGUGGCCCAAUUGGCCAAGGAACUGGAAAGACCACUGGAUGAUGUCCAGGAGGCCAUGUUGUAUGUCAAGGGCGCCGACAACAUUGAACCCGCCUUUAAGCUGGCAGAUCUCAAGAUCAUCCAGGAAAUAGCCAAGAAACUGGGCGCCAAAACCCGGGUGGUGGCCACACCGGAGGCUGCAAGCGAGGAUGACCAGAAGGAGCGCGAUGUGGCACCAAGACCGCCUGCUCCGCCAGAACUCCUGCAUCCCCGCCCACCCGUUGUCACCGUAAUGGGUCACGUGGAUCAUGGCAAGACCACUCUGCUGGAUUCCCUGCGAGGUGCCGAUGUGGCUGCCGGCGAGGCUGGUGGGAUUACCCAGCACAUAGGCGCCUUCACAGUCACCUUGGAGAACGGCGAAAGAGUCACGUUUCUGGACACACCGGGACAUGCCGCCUUCAGCGCGAUGAGAGCUCGCGGAGCCGUGGCCACGGACAUCAUUGUGCUCGUGGUGGCCGCCGAGGAUGGCGUUAUGGCGCAGACACGUGAGGUCAUCCAGCUGGCCAAGGAGGCCCAGGUUCCCAUUAUUGUGGCGCUCAACAAGAUCGACAAGCCAGAGGCUAAUAUUGAAAAAAGCAAGCGGGAACUGGCCCAAAUGGGCCUGGCUCUCGAGGAGCAUGGCGGCGAUGUCCAAGUGAUACCAAUCUCUGCCCUCAAAGGCACCAAUCUGCAACUUUUGGCCGAGGCCGUCAGCACACAGGCCACGCUCAUGGGCCUCAAAUCGGAUCCCACGGGUCUGGUUGAGGGAAUCGUCGUGGAAUCAAAAACCGAUCCUCGCCGUGGCAAGCUUUCCACGGCCAUCGUUUCGCGUGGAACGCUGCGUAAAGGCUCCGUGCUGCUAAGUGGUUUAGCUCAUGCUAAAGUAAGAGGUCUCUUCGAUCACAAUGGCCAGCCUUUGAGUGAAGCUCCUCCCGGCACUCCCGUUGAAAUUCUGGGCUGGCGGGAAUUGCCUCUUGCUGGUGAUCUCAUACUCGAGGUGGAAACGGAGAAAAAAGCCCAUGCCGUCUUGAAGUACCGCGAGCACGAGGAGCAAAAGGAGAAGAUCGAGUCGAGCAGCGAUGAGAUUCGCAAGAAGGAGGAGGAGCACCAGGCCAAGUACCGGGCGGAGCGUGAGGCCCGUCGUUUAGCCGGUCGCUUCAGGAUGCGCGGUGGCCAACGGGUCAAGCAGGUGGACGACAACGAGGGCAAGCCGCGGGUCAGUGUCAUCAUCAAGGGCGAUGUUCAUGGCUCUGUGGAGGCCAUUCUCGAUGUGCUGGAGACGUACAGCAGCAACGAGAGCUGCCGCCUGGACAUUGUGCACUAUGGCGUGGGCAAUGUGACCGAGGGCGAUCUCGAGCUGGCCAAGGCUUUCGAUGCCAUCGUCUAUGCCUUUGCCGUGGAGACACCUCAGCUGAAGGCAACCAAAGAAGUGAACGUGCGCAGCUACAACAUCAUCUACCGGCUAAUCGACGACCUCAAGGAGCAGCUGAGCAGCAAGUUGCCGCCCGUGGAAGUGGAGGAGGUGCUGGGCGAGGCCAAUGUCCUUCAGAACUUCCUCAUCAACGAGGGGCGAAAGGAAGUGCCCGUGGCGGGCUGUCGCUGCACCAAGGGAGUAUUGAAAAAGGCCCAGAAAUUCCGAUUGCUGCGGGAUGGUGAAGUGGUCUACAACGGGCCGCUGGAGUCCAUGCGGCACCUGAAGAACGAGGUGGACACGAUUAAGAAGGACGUGGAGUGCGGCCUACGCUUUAAGGACACCAAAGUGCUGCCACAAGCUGGAGAUAUUCUGCAGUGCUACACCACGAACAUGGAGGCCCAGCAAACGGACUGGGAUCCAGGUUUCUAGCUUGUACGAGAGCCCUGUUAUCGCCAUUGUAAUCUAUAGUUUUCUAUUAUAUACCGUUUAUAUAAAACAAUCGACUAUCCGACUUCCUGUUGAUCCCACUGCCGCCGCAGCCACCCUUCACCCACAUACUCGGGUGCGCUUAGGAUACCGAUAUUGAGUGUUGGCAGCGGAACUGGGCGGCGAUAAGGGAGACUAGCUCGUUCUA